AUCCCAGCCCCGAUGCCUCGUCCUCACUCCAAUGAACCCCGCCUCGCGCUCCUGCCCAUUCUCCGAAGGUCGUGCCGCUUUGGAAAGCCGAUGUCGCACGUGUUCCGCGGCCAGGAGUGUGCGGGGAGCCACGAAGAAGACGAUAAGAAGGUAAGGAGGAGAGAGAAGAACCGAGUUGCUGCGCAGAGAAGUCGGAAGAAACAAACGCAGAAAGCGGACAAACUUCACGAGGAAUAUGAAUCUCUUGAGCAAGAAAAUACCUCCCUGAAAAAAGAAAUCGGAAAGCUAACAGAUGAAAUGAAACACUUGAGUGAAGUGUUGAAGGAUCACGAAAAGAUCUGUCCACUAUUGCACUGCACCAUGAACUUUGUGACCAUACCAAGGCCUGAUGCACUCAGCAGCUGCCUGCCCAGAUGAGACAUCUCCUCGACCGUUGUUAAGUGUGAUGUGUGAAAGUGCCAGUCAAGUGGGAGAUGUGAAGAACUGCCUGCUUAAGGUGCGGAUCUACCCUUGAAGAGGGCUGGACUUGCCCACACAGCUCUUCUCCACGUGUUUCAGUUUUCUGAAUCUCGGGAAAACAUCAGUAUAGGAAAAAAGACAGCUUGAACUACGACUCCUUUCUUUGGUAGAAUCUCCGAGCCAUGGUUUUGCGUUCAGAAAUAUCAUGGUGCAGCGCAGCCCACCAUCGCUCAAUGGAAUGCAGACAGGGAAAAGUACCAGCCUUGGGAUGAGAUGCCUUUCUCCCACACGCUCACCACUAGCAACCCUUUGUCAGUUGUCAUCCUUUUGUAUCAGAUUCUGGCUGCUGUUUUGUUUUUUGGUGUUGUUUUUUCCUCUAAACAGAUUUGGCUAAUAAAAAAUGACAGUGA